ACAAAACACCACUCACAGCACAUUAAUGAUGGGUAACGACACGCCAGAGGAAUGUAAUGUGUGUUACAACAAUUAUGACGAAGAACUACGACGGCCACGCACUCUGCCGUGUGGCCACACAUUCUGCACACAGUAUAUUGAAGAUACAAUAAAUAAUGCUCAACUAAACUGUCCCAGUUGCCGUGCUGAGCACAGUGCCACAGCUGCUAAUCAGUUCCCAAUCUGCUACAUUGUGGAGGCCUUCAUAAAGAAACUCAAAGAUACCCAUUUCACACCAAUAGGCGAAGUGUCAGCAAUACCUGAUCAAGGUCACACAAGAGGCUUCAGCAGAAAGUUACUGUCUGUGGUACGGGAACAGAUGAGUAGUGUCAAUAACCAUAUAAGUAAGUAUGAAGAAGUACUGUCUCAGCUGGGCAAGUACCAGCAGCAGGUGAGGGACUGGAAGACCCAGCACCAUCAACUGCAGGACAGACUCUAUGAUCUGAUGGAGCAGAACAUGGCAGCAAUAGAGCUCCUGGAACAGGAAGAUACCAGUGUGGUAAAUAUGACAACAGAAGGAGAGGAAGGAAAGAAGCAGCUGGAAACCAUACUGGAGUGUCUCACCAUAGUCAACAGUGCGCAGGAGGUUGUCCCAACCAUUGUUGAAGCUGAUCAGUACAACGUGGAGGCUGAAGACUGGAUCCAGAAGUGUCAGGCACUCUUCCCAGAUGUCAACACUGUCUACACAUCAGUGAAGGUACGCUGCUGGAGGUCACUACUCUCACUGAACUGA